AUGGUAAUUUUCUUGGUCACUCGCGCUUCAAAUAUGAGACCAAUGGUAUUACUUAUUCUUCUACUCUGCUGCGUAUUUCGUUUUUCCACAACAGCUGAAGUUUGUGGGCAAUUUGAUGUAAAUGGCAAAUCAUGGAAUGUGGCCAUUUACCGAGAGGAAAACAAUGGAGAUUUGAAAUCCGUUUGUUUGGGUUCCAUUAUAGGUCCAAAUGUCAUACUAACCGCUGCGAGAUGCUUUUGCGAGCAUUUAUCGAAAAAUCCGCUGGAUAAGCAGUUUUAUGUUUUGGCUGGACCAGAGUCCAGAAAUACUGUACUUAGAGAAAUUCCGGCCAAUAUUCAAAAGGUACUCAAAUCAAAUAUUUUCGUCCACGAAAAUUAUGAAGGCCUUCUAGGAUUCUAUGAGCAUGACAUUGCUUUAGUAAAACUAAAAAACAAAUUAAGCUAUGAUGCAAACGUAAAUCCAGUGUGCGUUGAUUGGGGCAAUAACAACCCGAAUAUUCAGGAAAAUUCUGUUGGGAAACAAGUAGUUUGGGCAAAUAAUGCGCUAGAAAUUCUAGAUGCAGUUCAUUCGGAUUAUGAAGAUUGUUCUGAGGAGUGUUAUAAAUUAAAGUGGCAAGAUUUUCUGACCAAUGAUAAAAUAUGUACCAGAUCAAACGGGGUAGUUUUUGAAGAAAACAAUUGCGGAGCCGGCCUACUAAUAAAAGAAAACGGUUCUUGGCAUAUAAAAGGCGUUUUGAGCUCGCAGGACAACGUGGCACACAAAAUAAACUUAUACACGAAAGUGAACCGAUAUUUAAACUGGAUCACGAAAACCCACGCACUAAUAUCGAGAAAAAAUUAA